AUGAAUAUACCCGCAGUGCAGCCGCAGCAGCAUCAGCAGUCUGCACAGCAGCCGCAGCAGGGACACAUGGAGCCUCAAGGGCAAUCCAUGGGCGGGUCUUCGCAGCACGGAUAUCAAUUCAUGCAGGGAGGGGGCGGCCAGCUGCUGGGAAGCCAUAUGAAUAUGAUGGCCUCGCAGCAUCCGUACGUGAUUCCGCCGCCGUUCGGAAACGUGCACUUUGCGGCUCAGCGACAGCCUGGGGUGCCGCCGCAACCGGUACCUGUAUCCCCCCAGGGCCCUGGCCCGGAGCAGCAGGAGGCGCAGGCGCCGCCGGGCGCGGGCGUGGGCGGGCGCGGGCCACGGGCGCGCGUGGCCGAGGCGCAGCCUCAGGCACAGUUCUCCGGGGGCGGGCUUCCACGGCGCAUCCCAAUGUCCCACAUGCUGUCCUCGUACCCGGUGCGCAAGUACCUGUCCAACAUGGCGCUGCUGCGGGCUCACGAGGUGGUGAACCAGGUGAACCAGUCAAUGGGCAAGGUGGACGACUACGAGUACUGGAGCCGCUUCACCAAGGACAUAUUUGCGCCGGACGGGGUGUUGCGGUACGCACGGAAGAACGGAGAUGACACCCGGUUAUUUGAGUUCGCCAUGCCCAUCAUCCCGUCGCUGCUCAAGUUUCUGGGCUCGACGGGCGUAGUGCGGAUCGAAAUGGUCCCGCAGCAGCUCCACGUACAAGUUCUGAGCAACGGAACGAUCUUCUUCGAGCACCCGCGGUGCCCCGUCACAUACUUCUACCCUGACGGCAGCUACAUGGCCAACUUCAGCAGGAUCAAGGGGAUCUUCGAUGCCUCACUAAAAAUCGAGUGGUGUGAUGUGUGCACAUAUAGCUUUGUACCUGGCAUUGAGUGGAACUCGCUAGAGCGCGUCCUCAGUGACCAGAAGGUUAGUCAGAAGAUCUUCCAGGCCCUAGCGGGCUCGAACGCCCCGCCCGACACUGUGCCCGACGGCAACAAGGACUAUUCGCUCAAGAUGGACCAACAGAUGCCAGCAAACUUCAGCGCUAUUACACAGCUGCGUUCGCAGUUUAAGGUGUUCCACAACAUAUCCAGCUUUGGGCUCCAUGAGUCGCUGAUGCGUGUGUUGCAAGUUAAUGAUGUCAUGUCCUACCUGAAAAACCUCAAGGUGUACCAGCGCGUCAACAACAUCCAGAGCCCGCUUGAAAGCCUGCGGUCCUUCGUGGCUGCCGCUGAGGAACGCCGCCGUAUGUCUCAGCCCACUACUUCGCCAACGAAGACGACUGCGUCUGCACCCAUGCAUGGCUCGGCCCAGCAGAACCCCCAAGCCAAUCCUUCCGGCCUGUUCAUGGCGACUAUGGCAUACAAUCCUGCAGUGCCUAAGAAUGAGCGCAAGUCAUUCAAGAAGCGGCCUUCUUCGGAGGUUCUUCUCCCGCUGAGCUCCGAUGAUGCUAUGAAGUCACCCAUGGACGGCUCUGAUCCAGACCGCUCUUCAAAUCCCUAUAAGAAGAUGAAGUUCUGA